AUGGAUGCUGGCAUUUCUGCGGUCAAGGUCGUGGCCCGUGAAGGAGGUGGUGAUGAUGCCGCUGCCGCUGCUGCUGCACAGUUCGCCGCUCUCGAGAACGAAAGGCUUUCCAACUACCUCUACAUUUGCCUGGGCUCCGUUGCCGUGGCUGUCAUCACCUGGAAGAUCUUUGAUGUCGCCACCAAAUGGACCCGAGCCAUCGUCUGCAUGAACAAUGAAUACCAACGCUACUUUGCCCGCCCUUCACCGAAGCUUGCCGCCUUGAAGCAGCACGUUCUGUACGCCUCAAUCUGGAAGAAGAGACACAACCGCGAAUUUCAGCUCAGCUCAGCCAUCAACGUCGGCACCCUGCCCACUCGCUUUCAGUUGCUAUUCACCCUCGCCUACCUCGCCACCAAUGUCACGUUUUGUGUCAUCCACAUCGACUUCAGCGCCCAGUUCGGAGAUGUUGCCGACAUUCUGAGGAACCGCACCGGCGUUCUGGCCGUCGUCAACAUGGUGCCUCUUGUUCUUUUUGCCGGGAGGAACAAUCCACUUAUCCCCCUCUUAGGCAUCUCCUUUGACACUUAUAACCUGCUCCACCGCCUGUUCGGCCGCAUCGUCGUUCUUGAGGCUCUCACUCACGUUCUUGCCUUCCUUGCUGGAACAGGAUGGGACGCCGCCUUUGCUGCCAUCUUCCAGAGCAUGUUCCUCCUCUGGGGCUUUGUUGGAGUCGUGGCCAUGGUCUUUCUCAGCAUUCAAGCUUGGAGCCCGAUCCGUCAUGCCUACUACGAGGUUUUCAAAGUUCUCCACAUAGUCGGUGCCAUCGUGGCCAUCAUCGGUGUUUGGUACCACUUGGAGAUGGUACAGCUGCCCCAGCUAAAGUACAUCUACGGUGUUGUUGCUCUCUGGGCUGGAGACAGGGCCGCCCGUCUCUUCCGUCUCGCCUACAACAACUUUGGAAACUCUGGAACGAGGACAAUUGUUGAGGCCCUCCCAGGUGACUCGGUCCGUGUCAGCAUCACCCUCGCUCGCCCCUGGCGUUUCCAAGCCGGUCAACACGCCUACCUUUACAUGCCCAGUAUCAGCCUCUGGCAGUCGCACCCCUUCUCUGUCGCCUGGGCCGAUGGGACUGAUGACCUGGCUUCCGACAAGCUCGCCAGCACCAUCCAAGAGAGACGAGCCAUGCAGAAGAUGCAGGUUUCCUUCGUCAUCCGAGGCAGGACCGGAUUCACCAACGCCCUUUACAAGAAGGCCGCCGCAACAUCCACCGGAAAGCUCGAGACCAAGUGCUGGGUCGAGGGCCCGUACGGCGCCAAGCACCCUCUUGAUUCGUACGGAACCGUUGUUCUCUUCGCCGGCGGUGUCGGUGUCACCCACCAGGUCCCCUACGUCAAGGAGCUCGUCGCUGGUUUUGCCGAUGGAACUGUCGCCACGCGCAGGCUUCUCUUGGUGUGGACUAUUCAGAGUCCUGAGCACCUUGAGUGGAUCCGCCCGUGGAUGACUGAGAUUCUCAGCAUGGACAGACGCAGGGACGUUCUCCGCAUCAUGCUCUUCGUGAGCCAGCCCCGUUCCAGCAAGGAGAUUCACAGCCCCUCAUCAACGGUUCAGAUGUUCCCCGGAAGGCCCAACAUCAGCACGCUUCUGUCUAUGGAGCAGGAGCAGCAGGUUGGUGCUAUGGCCGUUUCCGUCUGUGGACCCGGUGCGCUGAGUGAUGAGGUGCGGAGGGUCGUCAGGCAACGACAAAGCCGCACCUCUGUGGAUUUCAUUGAGGAGGCGUUCUCGUGGUAA